CUUUCUUUCUCUCUUAAAUUCAAAAACCCCGUACACCAGACCAAGUUCACACCACCACCCACUGCAACUCUGUGAGAGAGAGAGAGAGUAGGAAUUUCCCCAGUAAACCUUUGAUGGGUUCCAGCCCCAAUCCCAAUUCCUUCUUAUAAACCCUUUCUCUUCUUGUUUCUUUCUUUCCAAUUGGGAAAACAGCCACAACCCGACGAACCCAAAAACGUGUUGAAAUCAUCAUCCAUUAUGGCCUUCCAACUACACUACUGACACCCUUUCUGCAGAUUUCCCGCACUCACUCUCUAACACCCUUCCUCCUCCUUUUGUUCUCUAUAAAGCCCCUCUUUGUGUAAACCUCAUCUCUUUCCUCGCUGGAUCGUCGCUCAAUCUCCCCCUCCACCCACUUGAUCCGAUCCAAACUUCAUCAACUACUAUUUGGAAGAAAUGGGGAAAGCAGGAAGCAGAGACUGGACUCAGAUCUACGCCAUAUACGGGCUAGACCAGUGGCAGACCAUAGUAUUCCUUCUCUUCCACGCUGUGCUUUUUACCAUUCUGUCCCUCCUGUACCUCACUUACUUCGACCCGAUCACUCUCUUCUUCCACCGCCUCCUCCCCAUCGCCUCCGCCCGCUUUGCCGCCGGCUUCACCGGCUCCGUCACCGCGCUCUCCGCCCUCUGCCUCUUCUUCGCGUCCUUCCACUUCCUCCACUCCUCCCUCCCGCUCCACUACGACGUCGUCCAGCGCAUGGUCGCCUCCGUCCACGACUGGUCCACCGUCAAGCACGCCCUCGACCUCGGCUGCGGCCGCGGCAUCCUCCUCAACGCCGUCGCCACCCAGCUCAAGAAAGAAGGCAGCUCGGGCCGGGUCGUCGGGCUGGACCGGUCCAGGAUGACCAGCCUCAACACGUUACGCACUGCCAAGCUGGAAGGCGUCGGGGAGUACGUCACUUGCCGUGAGGGUGACCCCAGGCGAUUGCCGUUCGGGGACAACUACUUCGACGUGGUGGUAUCCGCUGUGUUCGUCCACACCGUAGGGAAGGAGUACGGCCAUCGGACGGUGGAGGCUUCCGCGGAGAGGAUGAGGGUGGUCGGUGAGAUGGUCCGGGUAUUAAAGCCCGGUGGGUCCGGGGUCGUGUGGGACCUACUGCACGUUCCGGAAUACGUGCGGAGACUGCAGGAGCUCAAGAUGGAGGACAUUCGGGUCUCGGAGCGGGUCACGGCCUUCAUGGUCAGCAGUCAAAUCGUGUCGUUUAGAAAGCCCAGUCAGCACUCUUUUGGGCUUGGAGAGGUCAGGCUGGACUGGAGAUGCUGAUUUUUCGAAGCCCAAACCCGGCCCGCCGUAUACAUUCUCAAAAAUUAGUAUUAAUUUCACCUUAUAUAAUGAUACAUAACAGCUACAAACUUUUAAGAGCUUGAUUAAUGAUGGGAUUAAUCAAACUAUUGAUGGUUUUUUUUGUUUAUUUUUUUUAUUUUUUAUUUUUAUUUCGGGGUUUUAUUUUGUAACGUCUGGAGAGGCGAAGCUGACCCAGAUUGCCAGAUGCUAAAUAUACAUGUAAAAUUUUAGUUUAUCAUUGUUAUUAGUUUGUUUCAUCUAUACUCUAUCUAUAUAGAAUGGGAUUGUGAUGAAGACGCUGGUUGGUUAUGAUUUUGUAUAAAGUUUUGUGUAGUAGAAUCAAUGAUUUUUUGUGACU